UUCCAUAACCCCUUGGCUGUUUUUUUCUUUGUCUGUAACCUCCCUGAGCACCGCAUCCGCAAGAGAUAAUUGAAUCGUACUAUGCGCCUUGAAUUUUACAAAAUCCAUUGAAACCAUCAUUCCUAUACCAAUUGUUGUGAAUUUGAAGACAAAAGUCGAAUAUAGAAAAUCUGGGGGAACAAAAGAGAGAAAGAAGACAAAAGAUUUAAUGAGGUUUGACACAAUUGACCUACGUCUUCGGGCAAAGAACAACCAAGAGUUUCACUAAGAUGAAGAAGAUUUACAAAAGAGAUGAGCUCUUGAGGUUUGUCCUUUGCGAGGCUCAUUUCACAGUAGUAGAAAUUAAAGGCGGAUUCGCCAUGCACGAAGUCUGCUAUAUAUAUAACUUGGAGCGAUCAAUAACUGAUCAACCAGGGAGACGCAUACACAUAUAGUAAUUACUUCAGUCUAGCUAGACAUGUCGAAAGUUGAGAUCGACAAAAAUCAACUCGUACGGGGUCAGCAUAUCUAUGUUCAAAGGGCUGGAGGCGUCUACACUCAUCAUGGAAUAUACGUGGGCAAAGAUUCAAACGAGAGUCCCGUUCAAUACGUGAUCCACUUCAUCGGCGAUCCACAAAAUGGCUCAUCAAUUAUCUCUGCCUCAUCAAUUAACUCUGUCUCAUCAGCUGGCUAUGGCUCAUCAACUAGCUCGCAGGCGUGCAAAGACUGCAACUACCGAAGGAAUAUCGAUGGUGGAGUUUUGAAGACCUGCCUGAAUUGCUUCAUUAACGAUUCAUUGGGAGAAACAAAGUUGUAUCUGUACCGAUAUGGUGUUUCUCCUGAAGACAAGGACGUUAGUUCUGCAGGGACUUGCAGCUGUAAACCAGCGAAGUCACCCGAGGAAAUUGUGAAGAAUGCCUAUAAAAAGCUAAAGGACCCAAAACCUAGGAAAUACAACCUUCUUACAAGUAAUUGUGAAACGUUCGCGACAGAAUGUUCCACUGAAAGUGGAGAGAGUGGACAGGCGGAUAAUGUGAUAAAAAAGGCUGGUUUUGCAGGAGUUGGAGUACUAACCGUUGGUCGCUGCCUAUUCCUAUAGAAUAUACUCGAGGAAGAAGGAAGAAGAAGAAAGAAGAAGCAGAGAGGAAACAAAAAUCAACAAACUAAUGCAAUUCUGAGCAUCUUUAUGUCUUCCUGUAAUAUUCAACAAUAAAGUCUAUGUGGUUGGAAGUUCUAAACUAUUACAUAUAUAUGUUGUAUGAGAGUGUGGGGUUUGGAGUUCUUAUACGCCACUAUAUAUAUAUAUAGAUGUUGUGUAAUACAUCAAGUGUUGAAUAAAUGCUAGCUAUGUAUGCUGGGUUUUA